AUGGUCAUGUCGGAGAGUGGGAGCAAAGAUGCAGUGCAGAACGAUGCAGCCCAUAGCACCAGUACAGAGCCACACGUGGCCAGACCAAAUAUUGGCAACAGAGUGACUGUAGUGCUUGGGGCUCAAUGGGGCGACGAGGGAAAAGGGAAAGUUGUGGACCUGCUCGCUCAGGAUGCUGAUAUCGUUUGCAGAUGCCAGGUAAAUUAUAACGUGUGCUAGCUAGCAAGCUAGCUGGAGGACAUUCGGAACGUGGUUGCGGUUACAAAUAAUGUAUAGCUAACUACCUAGCCAUCUAGCCGUUGUUCAUAACUCUCAGUUCCAUACACAUAGUAUUGGACUAAGGACUUCUUCUGUAGGGGGAGUAAUAAUAAUAUGCCAUUUAGCAGACGCUUUUAUCCAAAGUGACACAGUCAUGCGUGCAUACAUUUUUGUUGUUGUGUAUGGGUGGUCCCGGGGAUCGAACCCACUACAUUGGCGUUACAAGCGCCGUGCUCUACCAGCUGAGCUACAGAGGACCACAGGAGUAUUUUUAAGUCAGAACCGCAACGCUCGGUCUGCACAUAACACGCAUCGCUUGUGGUACGAAUUUGGAAACAUAUUAGGACCUUAUCUUUCAUAUCGGCGACAAAUCAUUUUCUAAAAACAAAAGGUUAUAUGUCAAUGUUACAGCACGUGUUUACGGAAAACAGACGGAAGACAUUGGACUAAUGUUACCUGUACUAAUUAGCUAUCUGCGUCUCCGAACACCUGUGAACUACUGUAUAAACCGUAGACAGACGCCACAAAUGUGUUGUCACCGAAAAAUAUUAUCGUCUGCAACUGUGUUAAAACUGAUUAAAACGGUGUAAAGUAAGUGUUUUAUUUUACAUUUGGGAAAAUAUUUUGAUGUGAUGUGAAAGUAGAGGGAUUUAUGUUUCUAGAACCGUACCGCAAUUGAGAAUCGAUUCACGUUUAGAUGUAGUAUUUCCAGAGCCAAUUCACCCUUUAAACAUAACAUGUAAUGUUAGGUCCUUGGGAGUAAGGCGGAAUGUUAGGCUCCUUUUGUCCAAUAUUGGUCUUGUUAGAUAUCUAUCUCUAAGCUAACAAGUUAGCCACGGUUUCGUCCUGACUGUAGCCAAAAUGAGAACUAGUCCCCGAGUUAGCCAGCAAAUUAACUAGCUAGUUAAAGCUGGAUUUGUUGUAAUUAGUAAACUAACGUUAGUUCAAAUAGUGUAGUUAUCUAUGUAUUAAAGAUGUGGGUCCUGGUCAGACUUGUACUAGCUAUUUAGCUAUAAAGUAUUGGUUUGUAGUGGGUAGCUAGCUAUCUAACUAAGAUAGACACCUAGCUAGCUACUCGGGCAACCAAAUAAAUUGUCGAUGCUGAACGUCUUGCACUGUAUUGCUAAUGUCACCUUGAAUUCUAUCGCAUCAUCUAUAACUAGCCAGAGCUAGCUACAUUCAUAUUACUCGACUUAACACCAGAUAAGAUAGCCUAGUCUUCCCAUGUUUUGCAUUGUCUUUUUAGUAUAUGCGAGCAAGUGCAUCUCUGUGUGUACCUUCUCACCUGCCAUUGAAGUAUCAAGUGUCUAAAGACUGCAGUUAAUUACAUUUUAGUCAUUUAGCAGACGCUCUUAUCCAGAGCAACUUACAGGAGCAAUUAGGGUUAAGUGCGUUGGUCAAGGGCACAUCGACCUAGUCGGCUCGGGGAUUAGAACCAGCGACCUUUCGGUUACUGGCACAACGCUCUUAACCACUUAACUACCUGGAUCUGACCAAUGUUUGUGUAUUUUAAAUGUGGCUGUCAAUAAAUAUAUAUUGGCAAGCCAACUAGCUAAGCCUAUUCUGGGUUGAGUGCGUUUCACAAAACCAUGGUGUCCGCCCUUUGGCUGUUAUCACAUUUACUUUGACUCAAUCUGGGGCCACCUUAUCAAUGUCAUUGCAGUGUGGGUGUUGUAGCACAGUAAAAACGUGGAAUGUUUUCUUGUGAAAGCAUGAAAAGGCAAUACAGCAGAAUGUUACCAACAAAAGCUUUGGUGACUCAUCUGUACAACACUGGCCUUUAUACCUGUAGGUUUAAUGUCCAUCCGGGUACUGUCAUUCUUGUCCUCUUCAAAAGGGACUCCUCUACUCAAGGCAGGAUUGGAGAUGGUUCACAUUAGUUAGCCUAGUCUUAAUGAAAUGUGGAAAGUUACUCAACUUUCCCCAGAAGCAUACAUAUUUUCCAUACUGUUUAGAUUUCUCUCCAGCCUCCACUGUCCAACUCCAAAAUGUGGGGUGAUCAGGCACGAUAACGCAAAAGACUGUGAUAUUUGUUUGGAGCUUUCUAGGUCCACAGGGCCUAGUUUCCAUUUUGAAUAGACAGCAGUGAUGAGGACUGAGCUUGCAUUGCAUCAUUCAACAUAAGUUGCAACACCCUUCAGUUUUUGUUAUUUAUCAAACUGACAGGUGACAACCCAACAGUCCUGUUUCCCUUUUGAUUAAAAUCAACUGAGCAUUUUGGGCAUACUAGAGAAAACGUUGACAUGCAUUUUCUUUUUGUUUCACUGAUUAAUGGUCUUGACUAGUAGUCUAUUUUUUUGUACAGGGAUCCCUUCAUAACUAUCAUUUAGCUUGACUCCCGAGUGGCUCAGUGGUCUAAGGCAGUGCUAGCUGUGCCACUAGAGAUCCUGGUUUGAGUCCAGGCUCUGUCGCAGCCGGCCGCAACCGGGAGACCCAUGGGCGGCGCACAAUUGGUCCAGCGUCGUCCAAGGUAGGGGGGGGUUUGGCCGGCAGGGAUGUGGGUUCGUUUCCCACGUUUUUUUAAAUGUAUGCAUUCACUAACUGUAAGUCGCUCUGGAUAAGAGCGUCUGCUAAAUGACGUAAAUGUAAAUGUAAAAUGAAUAAAAACCUGAUCUUCUGCUAUUUGCAGUUAUGCAGAGGUAAAAACAAGAAAAAGUCCCAUGACUGAAACUUAAGUCGAUAUCAGAUCGAUUGUCUGGGGCAAAGUUAAUGUAAGAAAGUCAUGAUCGUUACGCUUUUAGGGAAAGAGGAUAAUUUUGUACAUGUAUUAACCUGUGAAUUUACCGGCCAAUUCCUGUCCCCUUGCUUCCUGGGGUUCUACCCAGGAUCAUUUUUAUGUAGAAGGACUGAGAAGCUCAGUUCUGGUGACUUUUUAAAAGGACAUUCUAAUCCAAAAUGAAUGAAAAUAAAAUGAUGCUGACACCAUCUAAAAUAUAAUUUCCACCUCCAGAAAUGAGCCCUGAAACAUACUGGUAAAAGUGUUUUAAAUUAUUUUUUACACUGAACAAACAUAUAAACUCACCAUGCAACAAUUUCAAGGAUUUUACUAAGUUACAGUUAAUAUAAGGAAAUCAGUAAAUUGAAAUAAAUAAAUUAGGCCCUAAUCUAUGGAUUUCACAUGCCUGGGAAUGCAGAUAUACAUCUGUUGGUCACAGAUACCUUAAAAAAAGAAAAGAGGAUCAGAAAACCAGUCAUUAUCUGGUGUGACACCAUUUGCCCCAUGCAGCAUGACAUCUCCUUCCUAUAGAGUUGAUCAGGCUGUUGAUUGUGGCCUGUGGAAUGUUGUCCCACUCCUCUUCAGUGGCUGUGCGAAGUUGCUAGAUAUUGGCGGGAACUGGAACACGCUGUCGUAUACAUUGAUCCAGAGCAUCCCAAACAUGCUUAAUGGGUGACAUGUCUGGUGAGUAUGCAGGCCAUAGAAGAACUGGGACAUGUUCAGCUUCCAGGUAUUGUGUACAGCUCCUUGCAACAUGGGGCCGUGCAUUAUCAUGCUGAAACAUGAGGUGAUGGCAGCGGAUAAAUGGCACGAGAAUGGGCCUCAGGAUCUCGUCAUGCUAUCUCUGUGCAUUCAAAUUGCCAUCGAUAAAAUGCAAGUGAGUUCGUUGUCCGUAGCUUGUGCCUGCCCAUAACCCCACCGCCACAAUAGGGCACUCUGUUCACAACGUUGACAUCAGCAAACCCCUCGCCUACACAACGCCGUCUGCCCGGUACAGUUGAAACCGGGAUUAAUCCGUGAAGAGCACACUUCUACAGCGUGCCAGUGGCCAUCGAAGGUGAGCAUUUGGGCGUACUGCCAAAUUCUCUAAAACAACGUUGGAGGAGACUUAUGGUAGAGAAAUGAACAUGCAACAGCUCUGGUGGACAUUCCUGCAGUCAGCAUGCCAAUUGCACGCGGCCUCAACUUGACACAUCUGUGGUGUUGUGUGACAAAACUGCACAUUCUAGUGGCCUUUUAUUGUCCCCAGCACAAGGUGCACCUGUGUAAUGAUCAUGCUGUUUAAUCAGCUUUGUGCACAAAAUUUGAGAGGAAAAGGCUUUUUGUGCGUAUGGAAAAUUUCUGGGAUCUAUAUUUCAGCUCAUGGGACAAACACUUUACGUGUUGUUUAUAUUUUUGUUCAGUACACAUAUUGGACCAUGCAUAUAGCCUAUGCAUGGUCUAUCAGAUGUGCUAUUAGCAAUAAGCGUUAUUACCUGUAGACCAACUGAUGCAGCAUAGUGGCUAUAAAAUUUCCAUAAGGUGAAGCAUGGGGUUUGUCCAUCUGCAUUUACCCCAUUGAACACAACAUCCUGAUUUUGUUAUAUUAUGAACCAUUAUUAUUUUGUUGUAAACACUAAUUAUUCACUCAAACUUAGAUUUUUUAAACAAGUUUCUAUUAGAAAGUAUGUCAUUGCCCUUUUAAGACACCAUUGUCCCCUUUGAGCUCUGUUGUGAUGGGCAUUCCAAGUUUUUUUUUCUGUGAACUGGAUCAAUUGGGUCCAUUCACCUAAAACAGCCAUUCAUUUCGCUCCCAAACGGCUCUUAGUUCAGUAAGGCUUAGAAAUGGAAAACCAUUAACAAAGUCACUGUAGUUUAAAGCCUGCCGUUGUCAGAUAGUGAAAUAAGUUCAAAAACAUUUUUAUCUGGCCCAAUUAUUAGAUGGCCUGCAAAAAAAAAACACCCUGAAAAAAUGUGCAGAAACCAGAAUGAGGCUUUCAUCUCACUGUAUUGUUCCUGCGCUGAAGGAUACCAUCUUCAGAGAAUGUUUUAAAUGUUUUUUCUGCAGAUAAUCGAUUUCUUGAGCUCAAAAAGCAAUACAUCGGAGUGUCAGCAACAAUCAUGCUUGUCAGUUCAGUGCACACAGCUUAAGAGGAAAAUAAAAUAUUUGGGAAUAUAUUUAAUAGAACAGACAUGCUUCUGUAAUAGGCUAUGUCAUCUUGAAACCGGACCCUCUCCCAUCCCCCUCAGAGAUUUUUUAUUGUGGAUCUACACUGAUCUCAAAAACGUCCUCCAGAAUCCCGAGUGGCGCAGCGGUCUAAGGCACUGCAUCUCAGUGCUAGAGGCGUCACUACAGACCCCCGGUUCGAUUCCAGACUGUAUCACAAUCUGCCGUGAUUGGGAGUCCCAUAGGGCGGCGCACAAUUAGCCCAGCGUCGUCCGGGUUUGGCCGGUGUAGGCCGUCAUUGUAAAUAAGAAUUUGUUCUUAACUGACUUGCCUAGUUAAAUAAAAGGUAAAAAAAUAAAUACAAUAAAAACAUUCCAUAUGAUGGAAAUCCGUCGCAGUGACCGAGAACUUUAACCCCUGAUUUAUGCACCCCUCCCGUCACUAUGAAUUGAUAACAGGUUGGCAUAGCAAUAAUUCUGGUGCACUGCCAAGGCUAUAGGCAUGUAAAAAUAAACCACUUAAAGGUAGACUCAGCAAGAUGAAGUUGCAUGCACAAAGUAAACACAAUCUCGAGUCAAUUUACGCAACAACUAAGCAUUGAAGCAAAGAGGUUAAAACUGCUUCUCGAAUAGAACUCCCUGAUCACGCUUGUAGGCUAGUUAAGCUCAUGCGCAGAAACACAUAAUUGGGUCUGCUGUUUGAGUCCCGUAGUUACCACAUUGUGGGUCUGCUGUUUGAGUCCCGUAGUUACCACAUUGUGGGUCUGCUGUUUGAGUCCCGUAGUUACCACAUUGUGGGUCUGCUGUUUGAGUCCCGUAGUUACCACAUUGUGGGUCUGCUGUUUGAGUCCUGUAGUUACCACAUUGUGGGUCUGCUGUUUGAGUCCCGUAGUUACCACAUUGUGGGUCUGCUGUUUGAGUCCCGUAGUUACCACAUUGUGGGUCUGCUGUUUGAGUCCCGUAGUUACCACAUUGUAGCAGCGUGACGUGUGCUCAUGCGCAGAUACUGUGUGAGAGAAGUCUUGCAUCGCGCUCAUCUCAAUAUCUGCGAUGCUUCUCGCUGCAACGUCUUCUCGCUGAGUAUCUUUUAAUGGCAUGCUAUGUAACACAAGGGCGUGUGUGUGUAAGAGGGAGAACAUAGUGUUCAUCUUUUUAUAAAAAAGUCUGUGACAGCAAUCUGAGAGGUUUUUCUUACAUGCAACACGAGGUUGAAAGGGCAACAAGGAGCACAUUUCCAAGGCUUACUAAUUAGGUAUCAGUGCUGAUACUCUAUUCCACUGCUCUCAAGUGGCUGCCCAAGUUACCAUGACAGUAAUUUGUUGUCUUUGGGGAUCACACCAAACAUUUUGAUGUAAUCGUGAUAUUCAUGAUCACCACCAAGUUGUAUGAUGGCCAGAGGAAGCAAAACAGAGUACCGGUAUAAAAAGCUCAAAAUGGAGUAUAAAAUCAGAUAAAUUUUCAGGUGUGAUCUUCCAUGACUUGGGAAUGCAACCCGACUCUACUAAAUGCAACAUGUAGACAGCAGCUAGGCUAUCAUGGGGAUUUAAUUUCUUAUUCAACUGCCACAUACAGUUAUGGUCUGAGAAUUAAUGCUGUCAAAGCUCUUCUUAGUCAUUCUCCAUAAAGGCUAUGAUGCAGACAAGAGAUAAGGAAGGCAGGAACGUGGAUCGCUGGGUUUACCUGACACCUCUCAGCUUUUGGCUUGAUUCCAGACAUGUCUUGCACAAAGACAGACAUUUCUCAUGAGCUUUCCAUCCAGUUGGCGACAGAUUUUCAUGCAAAUAUUCUAAAAUUGCCAUAAAAACUAUGCUCAUUUUCCCACCAGAGAUGUUUCCAUCAAAUUGACUUGUGGAUAAAAGGCUGUGCGUGAUGACGUAGUGCACAUAUAAGUAACUUUUGUGGUUGAUUUUUCCAUCGCAGAAACAAAUGUUGCGUUGUAUAGCGAAUAUACUUGCUCUGGUCUUGGCACUUGCACUCUAGCCAACAGCUAGCAGUUACAGUGUGGCUAGGCUACCUACAUGAGGUUAUUUGGAAAGUUUACUGACAUGCUGUUUCCACCAGGCCUGUCGUGACAUUUUUUUUAUCCAGAAUGUACUUUACUGGCAUAUAAAGGUUGGAUGGAAACCUGGUUAUAGAGAGCAAUUGGGUUUGUUCCCUCUGGUCCAUCUCCAAUGUGUGAGAACGAGCUUGUCCUUAGAGCAGGGUUCUUACAGUCCUGCCACCUGCCGUCUGUGUCCUGUUUCAGGCCUGCUGGGUCUCUGUCACCGCGUCCAUGGAUGGAGGCUAGAGACCCAUCCGUUGCAUUGGGAGGUAAAAGGUUCUCUAGCAUGGCUAUAUUUUGGCAACCUGAGACAGAGAACCACAGGGUUAUGCAAGGAAUGUUUGUGUGACCAUAUGAUUCUUGAAAUAACCUUUACUCAGUCAUUUUACCUCUACCUUUAAAACCUUUAAAAACGAUUGAACCUAUUGAUUGGUCUGUCAGUAAUGGCUAGUAAUAGGUACCAGAUCUCUUUACAUAGCUAGGCCACUUAUCUUUGGCACAUCGUUGCUAUGGAAAUGUUUUUUAGUUCUGGGUGUAUGCUCCUUUUCAGUUCUCUAAUCUGGUAAUUGCAGGUUGUUCAGAACCUCUUUAGUGAUCUCAAUUAUUUAAAUGUUAAUAUAUGUUGGAGGAUAAUGUCCAAGCUAUUGGCAUAACCCAAAAAACACUGACAAUCAGAGAAACAAAAGAGGGCCGUAGAAAGAUACGUUAUUCCGUGUAUAUAUAGAGUGCAUUCGGAAAAUAUUCAUGCCCCUUGACUUUUUCCACAUUUUGUUAUGUUGCAGCCUUAUUGUAAAAUUGAUUAAAUUGUUUUUUUCCCUCAUCAAUUUACACACAAUACCCCAUAAUGACAAAGCAAAAACAGGAUUGUUUUUUGUGUGCAAAUUUAAUUAAAAAAAAAAAACAUAUUUACAUAAGUAUUCAGACCCUUUGCUAUGAGACUUUUUUUCUUUUUCUUGAAAUUGAGCUCAGGUGCAUCCUGUUUCCAUUGAUUAUCCUUAAGAUGUUUCUACAACCUGUGGUAAAUUGAUUGGACAUGAUUUGGAAAGGCACACACCUGUCUAUAUAAGGUCCCACAGUUGACAGUGUAUGUCAGAGCAAAAACCAAGCCAUGAGGUCGAAGGAAUUGUCCGUAGAGCUCCGAGACAGGAUUGUGUCGAGUCACAGAUCUGGGGAAGGGUACCAAAAAAUGUCUGCAGCAUUGAAGGUCUCCAAGAACACAGUGGUCUCCAUCAUUCUUAAAUGGAAGAAGUUAGGAACCGCCAAGACUCUUCCUAGAGCUCGCCCCCCGGCUAAACUGCGCAAUCGGGGGAGAAGGGUCUUGGUCAGGGAGGUGACCAAGAACCCGAUGGUCACUCUGAUAGAGCUCUAGAGUUCCUCUGUGGAGAUGGGAGAACCUUCCGGGAGAACCUUCCAGAAGGACAACCAUCUCUGCAGCACUCCACCAGUCAGGCCUUUUUAUGGUGGAGUGGCCAGAUGGAAGCCACUCCUCAGUAAAAGGCACAUGACAGCCCGCUUGGAGUUUGCCAAAAGGCACCUAAACACUCUCAGACCAUGAGAAACAAGAUUCUCUGAACAGAUGAAACCAAGAUUGAACUCUUUGGCCUGAAUGCCAAGCGUCAUGUCUGGAAGUAACCUGGCACCAUCCCUACAGUGAAGCAUGGUGGUGGCAGCAUCAUGCUGUGGGGAUGUUUUUCUGCGGCAGGGACUGGGAGACUAGUCAGGAUUGAGGGAAAGAUGAACGGAGCAAAGUACAGAGAGAUCCUUGAUGAAAACCUGCUCCAGAGCGCUCAGGACCUCAGACUGGGGCGAAGGUUCACCUUCCAACAGAACAAUGACCCUAAGCAAACAGCCAAGACAAUGCAGGUGUGGCUUCGGGACAAGUCUCUGAAUGUCCUUGAGUGGCCCAGCCAGUGCCCGGACUUGAACCUGAUCGAACAUCUCUGGGAGAGACCUGAAAAUAGCUGUGCAGCGACGCUCCCCAUCCAACCUGCAGAGUAGAAUGGGAGAAACUCCCCAAAUACAGGUGUGCCAAGCUUGUAGCGUCAUACCCAAGAAGGCUCGAGGCUGUAAUCGCUGCCAAAGGUGCUUCAACAAAGUACAGAGUCUGAAUACUUAUGUAAAUGUUGAUUUCCGUUUGUUAUUUUUAAUACAUUUGCAAAAAUGUCUUAGCCUGUUUUGCUUUGUCAUUAUGGGGUAUUGUGUGUAGAUUGAUGAGGGGGGAAAAAACAAUUUAAUCCAUUUUAAGAAUAAGGCUGUAACGUAACAAAAUGUGGAAAAGGUCAAGGAGUCUGAAUACUUUCCGAAUGCACUGUAAGUCAAUGUGGCUGCAUUACUCUCCAGGCUCUGAACUGUAGAUGGUCAAAUUAAGAAAGUUUCCUAAUUAUAUCAGUGCAUAGGAAAUUAUGCUGUCACAGGCAUGGCAUGCUAUUCAGGAUAACACUAAAUUGAAGGUAUUCUGCGACUUUCAUAUGAGGUGCUAAAGUGGCAAGCCAUUUACUAAUCCUGCCACCUGCCAAUCCUGCCCCACAGAGGCUGCUCUCCCCUGUGCCCCCCUCACCCCUUCAGACCCAAUAGGAUUAAUCGCACCAGCCAAUUUUAGGUGGAGGACAUGGGACGUUGUCCAAGGGAGACUGGCAGUCCUGUGACAGUCACGGGAGGCGAACGGAUACAUAUCACAUUAGAGAAUGUUCCAGGUUAUUGUUGGGAAUUACGACUUGGUUCAUCUCGGCAAGUGUCCCUUUUGAGUGAACUAUUGCCGCCAUAUAAUAAAUGCCUUUAUGGCGUAAUAGCUGCCAAGUGGGUCAAGCAAGCCUGAAGUGACAAAUGGAAAGUAUGCAGCAGUGGGAGAUGAGGCCAUAUCUCAAACUGAUAAAAAGGUAGAAGCCAUGGUGUAGGAUGAUUUUUCUAUCCACAUUCUCAGAUUUGCAAUAUGCAGAGGGCAAUUUCAUGUUUUUUGGUCAGCCUAUGUUCACGUGUUGAAACCUCACAUUAACCAAGUGUCUCCCAUUCAUUGAAAGCAACCUUGUAGCAGCCGUCACCGAAUGGCAGUAACUAUACACGUCCGGCACGGCACUUUGCAGGUCAGGCAGCUGGGAGCACAUCAUAAAUGCAACAAAAAAGGAGAGGCAUCUGCACACCCCUUCACUGGUCCAAGGACUGCCAUGGCCAGGAAUAACCCAGGGUACACUUUACCGAUAGCGAUGGAACUUAAGCUUACAAGUGUUUUAACAAUGCAUUGUUCCUAUAAUGGCCGAAGAUGUUACAUGUGUUUCCGUAGAGAGAACGUUCACUAAGUGCGUCGUUGGAGCAUGUGUCGAUACUGAUCUUAUCAUUAGAAUUAUUCCAUAAUACUGACGACGGAUCAGCUCCUAGAGAGAUGACCACUUAUAUGGCUUAUUCUAAUGGUCAUUUCUGGUAGGCUAACCCAGAAGUAAAAUCUUGCAUAGUUUGGUCACCUGCGUGAUUAACUUCUGCGUUCAUACGUGUUACAAAUUGAGAGUUCCGGCAAAAACUAAGUAUCCACCCUCACAAAAGGAAACAGGAAACUCAGCCAAAUAACUUCACAUGUUGGUGCUCAUGGGUCCUUUUACAUGGAAAUGACCAUAAACAUAUUGAUUCUAUGUUUAGCGAAGAUCUUCUGUGAAUAAAGGUAUGCAUGUGGGCAAAAAAGCAUCUAACGACGCACUUAGCUGUUCUAGUGGUCUGUUCGUGUGGUCUGAGGCAGUUGGUAAAUAACGAAUGUUUUUAAAAGGCUUUUGGGAAACCGGGCCCAGGCCUGCUCGUUCCUGGGUAAAGGCAUGGGGCAAAACAGACUGAUUUAUGAUUUAUCACUCACUCAACCCCCCCCCCCCCCCCCCCCAGACCAGCACAGGGAGCCUCAUCCACUGUUGCUGACUGGGGGGGGGGAAUCUGGACAUUCUGGAGCCGUCUUUAUUUCACAUCCACUCCCCUCUUUGAUAGGCUAUAUUGAGAACAUACUAGCUACUGUUGUAGCGUCAGUUGUGGAGUUAAUGCCAAAGGCACUGGGUGUUCUCUCUCUGGGUACAAGCAAUUUUAUCUCAUGUCAUCUUAGAUUUAAAAAUUGUUUGUUAAUGUUAUUUUGUAAGCACUCAUGGUUGGACUCGGAUGGACUUUUGUGUGGUAAACGAAUAUGAAGAAAAGGACUCUAGAAUCACACAACCCUUUAGUGGCUAAUUUGUAUCUCCUCUGACUGCCCUCUAAAAUGGCUGUAGAUCCUGUGUCCUCAGGUGUCCCUCAGCUAUGACUGAGCAAUCUGUACCGUGCUGUAAUGUUUGUAGGUAGGCUGGCUCAGUCUGUACUGUGGUGUAAUGUGUCUAGGUAGGCAGGCUCAGUCUGUACCGUGGUGUAAUGUGUAUAGGUAGGCUGGCUCAGUCUGUACCGUGGGUUUGUAAUGUGGAAUAGGUAGGCUGGCUCAGUCUGUACCGUGGUGUAAUGUGAAUAGGUAGGCUGGCUCAGUCUGUACCGUGGUGUAAUGUGUAUAGGUAGGCUGGCUCAGUCUGUACCGUGGUGUAAUGUGUAUAGGUAGGCUGGCUCAGUCUGUACCGUGGUGUAAUGUGAAUAGGUAGGCUGGCUCAGUCUGUACUGUGGUGUAAUGUGAUAGGUAGGCUGGCUCAGUCUGUACCGUGGUGUAAUGUGUAUAGGUAGGCUGGCUCAGUCUGUACCGUGGUGUAAUGUGAAUAGGUAGGCUGGCUCAGUCUGUACCGUGGUGUAAUGUGAAUAGGUAGGCUGGCUCAGUCUGUACCGUGGUGUAAUGUGUAUAGGUAGGCUGGCUCAGUCUGUACCGUGGUGUAAUGUGUAUAGGUAGGGUUAGGGUAGGUAGGCUCUUCUGGUCUCAUUGUCAGAGUUCCAGGGUCAGAGACUAGAGCUCAAACCAUAUGUGUUCAAAAGAACAUCACACUCUCCAAAUAUGGGGGCGAGUUUGAUGUGCUUCUUCAGUAUGACCAACGUUAAAUCGUGAAAAGUAAAGCUUAUAGCCUUUCACAUUGCUUCUGGUGGUGUGAUGACUUGUUGGAAGUCCUGUGUGUCUCUGUGGUGACUGACUCCCUCUGUGUCCCUCUCUGCAGGGUGGCAACAAUGCUGGACACACGGUGGUGGUGGACUCUGUGGAGUAUGACUUCCAUCUCCUACCCAGCGGCAUUAUCAACCCCAAGGUCACUGCUUUCAUUGGUGGGUAGAGCACAGCCACUGGACCGAGGAAUUAACAGGAAAGAUGGCUGAUUUCACAAUAAGAAUUGAGCUGUGAAGUAACGCUAAUGGUGUAGUACUAAGUCAGUUGUCAUCUCUAGUCUUUGGUAAAGAAAUGAAUAAAAAUAGAUCAAUGUUUCUGUUUGUAUCUCCUGUGCAGUUUCCAUACACACUUUUACAUUUUAGAGACUUAGCAGACGCUCUUAUCCAGAGCGACUUACAGGAGCAAUUAGGGUUAUGUGCCUUGCUCAAGGGCACAUAGACAGAUUUGUCACCUAGUCAGCUCGGGGAUUCGAACCAGCGACCUUUAGAUUACUGGCCCAACGCUCUUAACCACUAAGCUACCUGCCGCCCUUUUUGUAUGCAAGCAGCCAAUAAAUCUAGCCAAUCUGUAUUAUAUUCUAAUAGCUCCCGCUUUGCCUGAUGCCAGACAAAAAGUGAUUGACUUGACUGGGAGCCAACUCGCAGGCUAACACAGUAGAGUGCUAUAGAACACAUUUUAUCUGCAGUAACUUCAUUUUGCUAAUGGUCUGACGUCUAGUCUAUUUUGGCAGCACAUAACAAAUAUGUCCUCUGGCUCUUAACCCACAGCUCGUCAGCAGUUCAACAUAUAGAAUGUUAAGUGGAUCAAUACUUUAACGUCUACUAUUGCUCUCUAGUUGAGCUCCACAGUCAGGCUUUCAGAGGCCAAACAGGUGUUCGGGACCCUUCAGAGUCCUGAGCACUGUUUGCCAUGAGAAAAGUCAUCUUGAAUAAGGCUGAUUGUGCAGAUCAGGUUAUGGCCCUCUCCACAUUUGUUUAAUUUGUGGCCUUAAUGUUGAUAGCUUGCUGCUCAGUGGUACAGCAGACCUGUUUUUCUGAUGGAGUAUUUAGCUCUUCAUGGGAAAGUACAUUUAUAGCCCACAACACUAGAGAACAAAUUCAAUUAGGGUGUUUUCACUGGCUCUUUCCUUAUUUGUUACUGAUGCAUCACCAUAUCUUCCAUGUUGCCUGUGUUGGUCUAUCCCACAGGUAAUGGGGUAGUGAUCCACCUGCCUGGCCUCUUCGAGGAGGCUGAGAAGAAUGUGUGCAAAGGCAAAAGUGAGUACGAAGGAGCUAUCCUCUUUAAUAGUCUAAGUCCCUUUUUACUCCGUUGCCUAGAAGAUUGCCAUAUUGCUUAAUGGGGCUGUUAACAAAUACUUUUUUUCUUUGUACCGUUUGUGUUCAGGUCUGGAGGGCUGGGACAAGAGGUUGAUCAUUUCAGACAGAGCACACAUUGGUAAGCCGUGCCUCAUCAGGCCUCUCUUUUUAUACUCAAAGGGCCUUUAAAUCACAACUUCAGCACAACUAUAGUCUCUAUACUAUAUAGAAGACUGUAGGACUAGAGACAGAUGUGCAAGGCUCAUGUUUGGCUGUCUGUUAAGGGGAAUAAUGAGUCAGCUUAAUUUCUAUCAUCAAUGUUUUUAUUUUCAUCAUAAAUGCAUUCCAAUUUUUUUGAGUAUCAACAGUUGGUCUCUUAGCUAGUGACUGCCAGUGUCCGUGCGAAGUUGGUGCCCAGAAAAGCUCCUCAUAAACAAGAUUAUAAAAAUGCUGCGUGACUUGGUGGCUUUCAUGGGGAACAUGUUUCUGUUUAUAUGGGGGAUGAAAGUGGCCAAUUGAUUAGCUUAAUUAUUUUUGGGCCCUUUUGUAUUUUGUGCAUACAGUAGGACUUAUUUGACCUAAGAUGCACUCCGAAUACCUGUUUUUUUUAAUCAAAUGUGAACUGAACUGGCUUUCAGUUUUCCAGAACAUAAGUCAUGUUCACUUUGACUGUUAAAUAGCACAGUUUUUUGUUGUUGUUGUGAAAAGCAGAAUGACUUGUAGACUCUCCUUUAUUAGGCUACAUUAUUCAGUCUUCUCCCUCAGCCCAAACUCGGCCCAUUUUAUUAUCUGAAUAGGUGUGGAGGGAGAAAUAUGAAAUAAGCACUGACAAGUUGUUGUUUUUUUACACACAGAAAUUAGACAAACUGUCUUAGCUGUGAAUUGAUUGUUGCGUUGUUGUUAUUGGUCCUUCGUAUGUACGGUUUCCUUUACUCUUUUGAGUGGUGAACUCUGCUCCACUAGACUUGUUGUGCCUUUAGACGUUUUGUCUCCCUGCUCAUUGUCAAAGAAGUUCCAAACGGUCAAGUCAGUGCAGCGAGAUGCCAAAAAAGGACACUUCUUAUAAACAGCUAUCACUUAGUAGUGCCUUUGCAAGGCCGCUUUAGGGACUAGUGUGAGAAAGAGGGGUCAUUUCUGACUGGAUGAGAAACACUCUACUGUUCACUUCCCUUCAUGGAUUUAAAAGCAAAGUAUUGGUGUAAGUUUAUUAUUGUGGAUUCUCCAUCUCUUUCUUGUCCAAGCUUACACCAAUCCAGUGCUUUUAAAUGUGUGGGAAGGAGUCGACUGCACAAGGGCACACUUCUGGGAGAAAGGGGAGAUAAUUGGGGCGCUAGGUUUUAGUGAGGAGCAGAAAUGGGGGCGAGGUGACCAGGAUUGUGAGUUUGCCCUUUUCUACCUCCUCCCACAGUGUUUGAUUUCCACCAAGCGGUCGACAGUGUGCAAGAGCAGCAGAGACAAGAGCAAGCGGGCAAGAAGUAAGAACCCUGCCACCUGUCAUUCUCCUGGUUUAGAGAGUAUGGCUCAGUAAUGAUUCAGCUUGCAGCAGUGCUGAAAAACAGAAUUUCCCUCUCCUAUGGGCGAAUGUGUAGUAUACAGUGGGGGGGGAAAAGUAUUUGUCAGCCACCAAUUGUGCAAGUUCUCCCACUUAAAAAGACGAGAGAGGCCUGUAAUUUUCAUCAUAGGUACACGUCAACUAUGACAGACAAAAUGAGAUAAAAAAAUCCAGAAAAUCACAUUGUAGGAUUUUUUAUGAAUUUAUUUGCAAAUUAUGGUGGAAAAUAAGUAUUUGGUCAAUAACAAAAGUUUCUCAAUACUUUGUUAUAUACCCUUUGUUGGCAAUGACACAGGUCAAACGUUUUCUGUAAGUCUUCACAAGGUUUUCACACACUGUUGCUGGUAUUUUGGCCCAUUCCUCCAUGCAGAUCUCCUCUAGAGCAGUGAUGUUUUGGGGCUGUCGCUGGGCAACACAGACUUUCAACUCCCUCCAAAGAUUUUCUAUGGGGUUGAGAUCUGGAGACUGGCUAGGCCACUCCAGGACCUUGAAAUGCUUCUUACGAAGCCACUCCUUCGUUGCCCGGGCGGUGUGUUUGGGAUCAUUGUCAUGCUGAAAGACCCAGCCACGUUUCAUCUUCAAUGCCCUUGCUGAUGGAAGGAGGUUUUCACUCAAAAUCUCACGAUACAUGGCCCCAUGCAUUCUUUCCUUUACACGGAUCAGUCGUCCUGGUCCCUUUGCAGAAAAACAGCCCCAAAGCAUGAUGUUUCCACCCCCAUGCUUCACAGUAGGUAUGGUGUUCUUUGGAUGCAACUCAGCAUUCUUUGUCCUCCAAACACGACGAGUUGAGUUUUUACCAAAAAGUUCUAUUUUGGUUUCAUCUGACCAUAUGACAUUGUCCCAAUCCUCUUCUGGAUCAUCCAAAUGCACUCUAGCAAACUUCAGACGGGCCUGGACAUGUACUGGCUUAAGCAGGGGGACACGUCUGGCAUUGCAGGAUUUGAGUCCCUGGCGGCGUAGUGUGUUACUGAUGGUAGGCUUUGUUACUUUGGUCCCAGCUCUCUGCAGGUCAUUCACUAGGUCCCCCCGUGUGGUUCUGGGAUUUUUGCUCACCGUUCUUGUGAUCAUUUUGACCCCACGGGGUGAGAUCUUGCGUGGAGCCCCAGAUCGAGGGAGAUUAUCAGUGGUCUUGUAUGUCUUCCAUUUCCUAAUAAUUGCUCCCACAGUUGAUUUCUUCAAACCAAGCUGCUUACCAAUUGCAGAUUCAGUCUUCCCAGCCUGGUGCAGGUCUACAAUUUUGUUUCUAGUGUCCUUUGACAGCUCUUUGGUCUUGGCCAUAGUGGAGUUUGGAGUGUGACUGUUUGAGGUUGUGGACAGGUGUCUUUUAUACUGAUAACAAGUUCAAACAGGUGCCAUUAAUACAGGUAACGAAUGGAGGACAGAGGAGCCUCUUAAAGAAGAAGUUACAGGUCUGUGAGAGCCAGAAAUCUUGCUUGUUUGUAGGUGACCAAAUACUUAUUUUCCACCAUAAUUUGCAAAUAAAUUCAUAAAAAAUCCUACAAUGUGAUUUUCUGGGGGGAAAAAUCUCCAUUUGUCUGUCAUAGUUGACGUGUACCUAUGAUGAAAAUUACAGGCCUCUCUCAUCUUUUUAAGUGGGAGAACUUGCACAAUUGGUGGCUGACUAAAUACUUUUUUCCCCCACUGUAUCUAGUCUUGUUAGAUGAAACAACCUCAACUGACUCCAGCUUGAAGCAGAGCUGAAAAACAAGAUUCCCCUGUCCUAUGGCGGAUACCCAGUAUAAACCUUUUUAGCAUAAAGUCUAGCAUAAGUACUGAAACAACCUCAACUGAUUCUCCAGAGUUGUCAAAUAUUAAAUAUCACCUUUUUCUUCUCUGCACCAUUGUUGUGGAGCUAUUUUAACAGUUUUGCCUUGAGUGAGUGCUGCCUGAAAGAAAUGUGAUCAUAUAAUUUUUGAUAAUAAUAAUUGUCUCGUACUGUAGUCUGGGGUUAAUACAUUUGCAGGAAUAUAAUUUUGGCAAUGGUAAACCUUCAUGGUCUCCCAUAUAGUGAUACAUCACUGUAUUACUCAUGUAUCGAAAUGGUUUAUUUCCUGUUCCAUCUGACAAUGUCCUCUGGAGGAAGCAAACAAAUCCUACACUGUAGCUAUUGCAGAUUACUGUUACCAGUUAGUAAUGUAGCUAUUGCAGAUUACUGUUACCAGUUAGUAAUGUAGCUAUUGCAGGUUACUGUUAGCAGUUAGUAAUGUAGCUAUUGCAGGUUACUGUUACCAGUUAGUAAUGUAGCUAUUGCAGGUUACUGUUACCAGUUAGUAAUGUAGCUAUUGCAGGUUACUGUUACCAGUUAGUAAUGUAGCUAUUGCAGGUUACUGUUACCAGUUAGUAAUGUAGCUAUUGCAGGUUACUGUUGUUACCAGUUAGUAAUGUAGCUAUUGCAGGUUACUGUUGUUACCAGUUAGUAAUGUAGCUAUUGCAGGUUACUGUUGUUACCAGUUAGCGAUGUAAUGGAGAUGCCCAAUCCGGUUCUGAGAAGAGGGUGGUAAGCACAGGCUUAGACACAGGACAUCGCUCUGAUAUGCAGGGCAUUUUAAGCUUUUGUUGGGCAUCAAAAUAAGCCCACCGCCCUGAUAGAAUUAUUGUGUAAAACAAUCUGCAGCGUUUGAACUGGCUCAACAGCUAAUUAUUGUGCCAGUUUCUCUGCCAUGGGUGCUAAAAGGGCAAGUCAGUCAUUAUAGGCUUAUAUCACAAGUUGUGGAAUUUCAACACCGUAAGGCAUUACAACUUCACUCUUACCUCUGAGAGAGGCAGAGAACCGAGUUAGACACACAGAGGCUUGGAUUAAAUAUCCUGUAGUAUGAGCAUGACUUGUCCCAGGGGUCUCAUGGUGGACCUGACCUGCAUUCGUUUAGUAUCUUACUGGAGGGGUUAGUACUCGUGAUACCCUGUCUCAGCUCCAGAAGACAACUUCUAUUCUUACUGAUAAGUCCUUUCCCACAUGAAGUCAUACCCUACCCUACAUCAGACCAGGGACGUCACGUCACCAGAUAUCCCCUAGCAGCACCAUGUGACUGUGAUUCUCUCCAACCCUUACUGCAGCAACAUUGUUUCAGUCAGCAGCAGGGCAGCAGGCAAUGUUCCAGCCCCAUAAAUACUCCUUAGAAAAGUGCCCUGGCCUAGCUACUUCCCUAAAACUGUCACAUGUCUGACCCAACACACACACACAUACUGGCUGGAAGGACAAGUGUGCGUGUGGUUUAAUGUUGAGUCAGUGACUCAGUAUUGUCAAGGUAAGGAUUGACUUUGUUUCCUACCCAGCCUCGGGACAACUAAAAAGGGGAUUGGCCCAGUGUACUCAGCCAAAGCAGCCCGCAGCGGCCUCCGGAUAUGUGACCUCAUGUCUGACUUCACGCAGUUCUCUGAAAGGUGAGGGUGUGGCCUUGUCAUAUGGCCAAUAAUUACUAUCCUCCCUUUAUUCAGAGUACAACUAGCUCCAGUAAGAUUCAAAUGGAACUGUGUUGACGUCUACCCUUUUGUUGUAGAUUUAAAGUCUUAGCCUCGCAGUAUCAGUCUAUGUAUCCAACCCUGGUGAUUGACAUCGAUGGGGAGUUGUCGAAGUUGAGGGUGAGCUACAGGUCCUCCAUCAGUUGAAUAAAGAUAUCAUCACUGGUUUAACGAAGGGGUUAUGUCCUACAUUUCAGUGUAAUUCUUGGGUCAAGUCUUUGCGUGGUGUGUUCUUGUCCAGGAUUACGCGGAGAAGGUAAAGCCUAUGGUGAGAGACGGGGUCUUUUACAUGUACGAGGCCUUACAUGGACCUCCCAAAAAUAUCCUGGUGGAAGGAGCCAACGCCGCCCUCUUGGAUAUUGACUUUGGUGAGUAUCCCCCACUGUCAUUGUGUCAAUGUCAAUUAACCCCUGUCACUGUGUAAAUUGCCAAUUAUCCCCCAUUUAAUUGAACACGCUAACAAACUGAUGGUCUUCAAGAAGCCGGCUGGAAAGUCGAGCUAUUUAUACUGGUGAGUUAAUUCCACUGAAACAGUGGUAUCAGAGCUGUCAGAGGAUUGGAACUACAUGUUCGCUGAGCCUAACACCAGAGAGCACCCCUACACCGUGCAUGACUCUGAGAAAUACUGGCUACUCUGUCACUGUCACUUUCCCUGAUUUUGUUCUGUCACAAAGCACUCCAUAGACCACACACAGAACAGAACUUACUGAGGGAGAGGGUUGCUAUGUACUGAAGGACACCAUGUUCUAUUUCAUUGAUACAAUGGUAGUAGGUGAAAGUGGGGGGUAUCAUAUGGCCGUGCUAAUGCUAUCUGCAUAAAGGAUAAUGAUGUUUUUUGCACCUGUGCAGACCUGUAUGGGAGGGGUGGAAUUCUCACCCCCUCCACUGACCUGAAAGGCCCAUUAACCUGGACUGGAAUGUCCACCUCUGUUUAAGCACACCUGACAAAGAGACCUGACACAGGGAUAUUGUUUGCAUGUCAUGUUAAGAUUGAAGCAUUUAGUUUCCUUUACUCGUAUUACAAGCUAUGUUAAUACAGUCCUUGUGAUAUGAUAAUCGUCUGUUGUACGAAUGCAUUGUCAUGUCUGUUUUAUCUGAGGAAGAGGAAGACUGAGGAGGAAAUAAGAUGGUGUUUAUCAUUGUGUUUUUGUUUCAGGGACGUACCCUUUCGUGACCUCGUCUAACUGCACAGUGGGUGGGGUGUGUACGGGACUAGGCAUGCCGCCCCAGAAUGUGGGCGAGGUGUACGGUGUGGUCAAGGCCUACACCACCCGGGUUGGCAUUGGAGCCUUUCCCUCAGAGCAGUUCAAUGUAAGAAUGUCAGCCUGUCUACCUUGAGGGAAGCCAUGCCUUCCUGCCUUUGACCGCUACGGGCUAGUGUCAUAUUGGUUCCAUGGUGCAACGUCUUUCCUGCUCUCUGUUUCCAGUGUGAGUAGAGGAAUGUAGACUGUAGUGUUAAUGUUGGGGGAAUGGCUUAGCUGCCGAUUGAGUCAUCAGAGUUCUGAAUUCCAGUGAGUAUUCUGUGAACUCCACAGGCACAGGCAUGCGGGUGUGUGGGUAUUGAAACAACAAAUGGUUUUGGGAAAGAUAGUUGUUAUAACCACUCCCUUUGGUAGCACUUGUGAAAUAAUCCAUGCAAAACCAUAAUAACCAAUUCCUCAACCUGUACAGGACAGGGAAUGGACACAUUUCAAGCUUGACAUGUCCAUGUUUUACUUUAUCAGCGAUCUUACAGUGAAUCUGAUCCUUUUUAAGUGUCUGCCUGUUUUCUUCUCUAAGGACAUUGGGGAGCUCCUACAGACGAGGGGGAAAGAAGUGGGCGUAACCACGGGCCGUAAAAGGAGAUGUGGUUGGCUGGACCUGGUGCUCAUCAAAUACGCCCACAUGAUCAACGGCUUCACUGCGUGAGUCCCCACACCCCCUUCCCUCAACUCUGUACUGUCCAUCACCACACCUUUCGCUUUUUACUUACUGUCUCAAUAUAAACUACAAAAGUAUGUGGACACAUGCUCAUUAUUCCAAGAUCAUGGGCAUUAUUAUGAAUUUGGUCCCCCCUUUGCUGCUAUAACAGCCUCCACUCUUCUGGGAAGGCUUUCCACUAGAUGUUGGACCAUUGCUGCGGGGACUUGCUUCCAUUCAGCCACGAGCAUUGGUGAGGUCGGGCACUGAUGUUGGGCGAUUAGGCCUGGCUCGCAGUCGGCGUUCCAAUUCAUUCUAAAGGUGUUCAAUGGGGUUGAGGUCAGGGCUCUGUGCAGGCCAGUCAAGUUCUUCCACACCGAUCUCGACAAACCAUUUAUGUAUGGACUUCGCUUUGUGCAUUGGGGCAUUGUCAUGCCGAAACAGGAAAGGGCCUUCCCCAAACUGUUGCCACAAAGUUGGAAGCGCAGAAUCGUCUAGAAUGUAAUUGUAGGCUUCCUUUCACUGGAACUAAGGAGCCUGAACCAUGGAAAAACAGCCCCAGACCAUUAUUCCUCCUCCACCAAACUUUACAGUUGGCACUAUGCAUUCGGGCAAGUAGCGUUCUCCUGGCAUCGCCAAACACAGAUUAAUUCGUCGGACUGCCAGAUGGUGAAGCGUGAUUCAUCACUCCAGAGAAUGCGUUUCCACUGCUCCAGAUUCCAAUGGCGGCAAGCUUUACACCACUCCAGCCGAUGCAUGGUGAUCUUAGGCUUGUGUGCGGCUGCUCGGCCAUGGAAACCCAUUUCAUAAAGCUCUCGACGAACAGUUAUUGUGCUGACAUUGCUUACAGAGGCAGUUUGUAACUCGGUAGUGAGUGUUGCAACCGAGGACAGACUAUUUUUAUGCGCUUCAGCACUCGGCGGUCCCGUUCUGUGAGCUUGUGUGGCCUACCACUUCACGGCAGAGCCGUUGUUGCUCCUAGACGUUUCCACUUCACAAUAACAGCACUUACAGUUGACCGGGACAGCUCUAGCAGGGCAGAAAUUUGACAAACUGCCUUGUUGGAAAGGUGGCAACCUAUGACGGUGUCACGUUGAAAGUCACUGAGCUCUUCAGUACGGACCGUUCUACUGCCAAUGUUUGUCUAUGGAGAUCACAUGGCUGUGUGCUCGAUUUUAUACACCUGCCAAAUCAACCUAUUUGAAGGGGUGUCCACGUACUUUUGACCAUAUAGUGUACUUGAAUAGACUUUAUCAGCUUCGUACACAUAAUGUAUUUGGGUGUUGGUAAAUAUGCCGGCUAAACUCCCAAUGUUCUGUUGUCCUCCCAUUCAGCUUAGCUCUCACCAAACUAGACAUCUUGGAUGUGCUCCCUGAGAUCAAGGUUGGUGUGUCGUACUCUGUGGACGGUGAAAAUAUACCUCAUUUUCCAGGUAGGCUGCUCAUCGAAACAGCAGCUAAUUGGCAGCAGCUAAUGGGGAUCCUUAAUAAAUACAAAAACAUUGAUGCUGCUGUACUUGUUAAUGAGGAUAAAGUGAACCAGAUAAGGGAGCUAUGUUAUAUUCCUAAUUGCAGUAUUUCAAGUCUGUUGUCUUAAGAAGUUUAUGGCAGCCAAUGGCCUGACGUUGUCCCCACCUCUCCCCAGCCAACCAGGAAGUCUUACAGAGCGUUGAGGUUCAGUAUGACACCCUGCCAGGUUGGAACAGUGACACCUCCGCCACCAGAACAUUCAAUGAGCUGCCAGAGAACGCCCAGAAAUACGUCCGCUACAUUGAGAAGCACCUCGGUGUGCCUGGUAAGAACCCCCCUCCUCUCCUUAACACCUGGAGAUGUGUCAGGUUGAUUCAGAUGGGGUGAAAAUACCUUGUAGUGGUCACAGGUGUGGACCAUAUUUGGGGACAUUUAUUGUUUUAUUUGUAAAGCUAUUCAAUAACUACUUUUCACCCACAGUGAAAUGGAUUGGAGUAGGCAAGUCUCGGGAGUCUAUGAUCCAGAUCUUCUAAGGUCUUCUCCUCCACACCGUAGCCACCACCAGACCAGACCCUCAGUCCCCUCUCCCUCCCUCCAGAUGGCUACCUGGUUCCAGGGGCCUGUGGCCUGGGAAGGUGGUCCUAUGCUACAUGCCACUCCUUUCUAUCCCCAACUCACCCCCAUACCACAGACACCAACCUGGGGGAUGCUCUUAUCCUCCUAUCCCCCCACCUUUUUGUGGAACACUCCUAUUAUUGCUCUCUCUCUCUCUGUGCCUCCCUGUGCCUCUCUCUCUCCC